GUGCACUCUGACUCGCGCAUACAGCCAGCGAACCUCAAUGGUAUCACUAGUCCCCGCCACGACAGACUCGCCGUUGGCGCCUGCGACGACGGACCAGCCGGUGACGACGAAGACGGCUGCCGACCCAGAGCCGGGUGCUGCAGCUGCGCCGACGGAUUCGGCGCUGCACACGGUGGCCGUGAAGGACCCCCAGCCCGAGCCGCCUGCGCCCCAGCCGACUGAGAAGCCCGCCGAGCCUGAGGAGCCCGAGCCGCAGAAUGCGUUGACGAAGCAGUUCACGGAGCAAGAGUGGGCGGCUUUGAAGGAGUUCAGGAAACAAUUGCCGGAGAUUCUGGCGGACGCGUACCCGGAGAAACACGAUGUCAGGUUGACACCGAUAACUUUGUGGGGCGUCGAGUUGAAUCCCAAUGGCGUCAAGAGCGCGAAGGAGAGCGUCGUACUCAUGAAGUUCCUCAGAGCUCGGAACUUGAAUGUCUCGGAGGCACGAGAGAUGCUGGUCAACACCCUGAGGUGGCGCGAGAGCUUCAAGAUUGAGGACGUCAUGAAGGAAGAGUUCGACGACAAGAUAUUCGGGAGAGUCGGCCAUAUUUACGGCAAAGACAAGGAGGGUCGUCCGGUGGUGUACAAUGUCUACGGUGGAAAUACGAAGGAGGUCUUCUCAGACGUCCAGCGAUUCAUUCGGUGGCGGGUGCAGUUCAUGGAGAAGGCCGUCAUGCUGCUCGACUUUGAGAACAUUGAUCAGACUCUCCAGAUCCACGACUACGAAGGCGUGGGCCUGCGAAGCCGCGACGCCAACUCGAAGAACGCUGCGUCCGAGGCCACGAACAUCUUUGGCAGCCACUACCCGGAGCUUCUGUACAAGAAGUUCUUCGUAAACGUGCCGAGCCUGAUGACGUGGAUCUUCUGGCUGUUCAAGCCGCUCAUGAGCGCGAACACGCUCGCGAAGAUGAGCGUCGUCGGCAGCGGGCCAAACGCUAUCGGCAAGGCGUUGCUCCCGCAUAUUGACGCCAAGGAGCUGCCGAAGAAGUACGGGGGGGAGGCACCCGACUUCUAGGUGGUAUGUGGGUGCAGGGUAGGGGGACUGUAUUCUAGGAUCGUUUGUUUUCUUUCGGUUUCCUAUACCUUAGGUCGGUCGGAGGGACUUGACGUGGCUCGUAAUACCCUUUCCUUUUCUUUGCUUUUUCGUUUCUAAUCAUGUUCUGCCAACCUGAGUCCGCACAUUGUACUAUUCCAAGAUCUACUCUGUUCAAUCAUACGGCACGCUCAUUCAUCAUAAUCG